AAAUGGCCCAUCUAUCUAUUAAUAUCUAGGCGGAAAGCCGCCAAGACACCGUAGAAGAAGAGAGAAUAAAACGAAGAAGACGAUCCAACAUGGCGGUACCGGUCGGAAGGUCUGUCGUGUUUGUGACAGGAAACGGAAAAAAACUUGAAGAGGUGAUUCAGAUUCUGGGCGACACCUUUCCCUACAAACUCAUCUCAAAGAAGAUUGACUUGCCUGAGUACCAAGGGGAGCCAGAUGAAAUUUCUAUCCAGAAGUGCAAGGAGGCUGCGCAGCAGAUUGAUGGCCCGGUCAUCGUGGAGGACACCUGUCUGUGUUUCAAGGCACUGGGAGGAUUGCCUGGCCCUUACAUAAAGUGGUUCCUAGAUCAACUCAAGCCAGAAGGCUUGUACAAACUCCUCGCCGGAUUCGAGGAUAAAUCCGCGUGGGCCCUCUGCACCUUUGCUUUCACGCCCGGAAAAGACAAACCAGUGGAGCUCUUCAGAGGAAUUACUCAGGGGCACAUUGUGGAACCAAGAGGACCACGAGACUUUGGAUGGGAUCCCUGUUUCCAACCAGAGGGCUACGACAAAACCUACGCAGAGCUUCCCAAAGAAGUAAAGAACUCCAUUUCUCACCGAUACCGAGCCCUGGCGGCCAUGUCGGAGCACUUCUCGCUGUACGGCAAGAAGAAGAAAAGGGCGAACAAUUGAGUCGCCAUGUUUGUUCAUACAGUGGAACUUUGAUUUAAGAACUUCAUUGGUUUUUGAACAGGGUUCGUGAACCAAAAAGUUUGGAAACUGAAGCAUAUGUUUUCAUAAAAAAACAAUGUAAAUAUGAAUAAUGGGUUCCAGCCUCAACAAAAGUUCAUAUUUUAGUAAAUGUUUGUACACUUUGAACACAAUAUGAAGUGAUAUACAGUACUGUAUGUCAAAUAAACAUAUCAUGGAGUGA